AUGUCAGGAUCAGGAGCUUCAGGAAACAAAUUCCGUAUGUCAUUAGCCCUCCCAGUAGGUGCAAUCAUGAACUGUGCCGACAACUCCGGUGCUAGAAACUUGUACGUCCUUGCCGUUAAAGGUGUUGGUGCAAGAUUGAACAGAUUGCCAGCUGCUUCAGCCGGUGAUAUGGUUAUGGCUACCGUCAAGAAGGGUAAGCCAGAAUUGCGUAAGAAGGUUAUGCCAGCUAUUGUCAUUAGACAAUCCAAGCCAUGGAGAAGAAGAGACGGUGUUUACUUGUACUUUGAAGACAAUGCAGGUGUUAUCGUCAAUCCAAAGGGUGAAAUGAAGGGUUCUGCUAUCACUGGACCAGUCGCCAAGGAGUGUGCUGACUUGUGGCCACGUAUUGCUUCUAACUCCGGUGUGGUUGUUUAA